AUGAAAGAAUUCUACGGCUUACGAGGCUCGAAGCUAGAUGUGGCCAUUGCCAUCGUAGCAGGCGCAGACUUUGCCCUCUUUGGCUAUGAUCAGGGAGUUUUAGGUGGCUUGCUCACCCUGCCCAGCUUCUUGAAUUUGUUCCCGCAACUCGAUGUCAUGAACCCACCUGGCGGUGAUACCAGCAAAGCAUCCAAUAUCCAGGGCAUUACUGUUGGACUCUAUACCUUGGGUUGCUUCUUCGGAGCUGUCGCAACGAUUUGGCUUGGAAAUAUGCUUGGGCGCAAACGCACAAUCUUCAUCGGAUCUUCAAUCAUGAUCGUAGGCGCAGCGAUACAGUGCUCCUCGUUCAGUCUUGGACAACUACUUGCUGGGCGCUUUAUCACUGGAUUCGGAAACGGUAUGAACACAUCGACAGUGCCGACCUGGCAGUCAGAGACGUCGAAGUCACACAAUCGCGGGCGCAUGGUGAUGAUUGAAGGCUCGCUCAUCGUCUUUGGAGUGAUGAUCAGUUACUGGAUCGAUCUGGGGAUGAGCUUCACCGAGCCGUCCUCGGUCUCGUGGCGUUUCCCCAUCGCUUUCCAAAUCGUUAUUGCCAUAUUCAUUCUAAGUCUGAUUCCAGGUCUUCCGGAGUCGCCUCGCUGGCUCGUGCUGAAGGGCAAGGACGAGAAGGCGCUUAACGUGCUCUCGGCCCUUCAAGAUCUCCCGGAAGAUGAUCAAAUCGUUCAAAGCGAGUACAAGGCAAUCAAAGACACGGUCGAGGAGAUGCAAAAGGGCAGCUUUGCAGACGCCUUCAAGACCAAUCGCAACCGCAAUCUACAUCGCACAAUCUUGGCUUAUGUCAACCAGAUGUUCCAACAGAUCAGCGGAAUCAAUAUCAUCACUUACUACGCGGCCACUGUGUUCCAACAAAUUGGCCUUUCACCCUUCCUAUCCCGACUACUCGCUGCGCUGAACGGCACCGAAUAUUUUCUAGCUUCGUGGAUUGCCUUCUUCCUUAUUGAGAAAGUUGGGCGCCGCAAGUUAAUGCUUUUCGGUGCCGCGGGUCAAGCUCUCUCUAUGGCUGUAUUGGCUGGCACGACCGCAAGGUUGACGAAGGAAUCCGGGAUCGCCGCCGCAGUCUUCCUCUUCGUCUUCAACUCCUUUUUCGCGAUCGGCUGGCUAGGCAUGACAUGGUUAUACCCAGCUGAGAUCACGCCCCUCGAUAUCCGUGCACCCGCCAAUGCCAUAUCAACGACGGCAAACUGGAUUUUCAAUUUCAUGGUCGUCAUGGUCACGCCGGUUGCCUUCGCAUCGAUUGGCUAUCAGACGUACGUCGUCUUUGCUGUCAUCAACGCUUUCAUGGUGCCAUGCGUAUACUUCUUCUUCCCUGAGACGGCUUACCGCAGUUUGGAGGAAAUGGACGAGAUCUUCCACAACGUCCAUGGCUUCCGUGGCGCUUUCACGGUUGUAAAAGUAGCCCAUGAGAUGCCGCACCGCUUUGGCAAGAAUGGCGAGCUGUUGAUCGCUUACGACGACACGGACGAAGCACAGGUAAGCAUGGAGAAAGCCCACUUCUUCUGUGAUUCCCGCUGA